AUGGAUAUUUCAAACAAUCAAAGUUCUGGAAAUGAUAAUGUCGCUCCUAAUACUCAAUCUUCCACUCCCAACACUGAAACUUCCAAUCCUCCUACACCAAUUUCUUCAUUGCGUGCAAAAACUGAUCCUGCAUGGGCACAUGUUGCUUAUAAGAAAGAAGGGACACAAAAUGUAUACACCUGCCUUUUUUGUGGUAAUAGUUAUAGAGGUGGUGGAAUAAAUAGGAUGAAGCAACACCUUGCUGGUAUCAUUGGUCAAAUAUCUUCUUGUAAAAAAGUUUCGCAUGAUGUACGUCAUAGAAUGACAGAAUCUUUGAAAGAGUGUUCAAAGAAAAAAGCCAUUGAAAAUAUAGAAGAGGAAAUUGAAGAUACUCAUGUUGAUUCACCAAUUAUCAUGAGUAGUGCAAAAAAGAGAAAAUCUAUAGGGAGUAUGGAUAAUUAUUUUGCUCCUCGCACAACCCCUGAUUCUCAACCGGGUAUUAAAAGUGCAUUAGCAACCAAAGAAGCGAAACACAAUGUAAAAAUGUUGAUUGCUGAGUGGGCCAUUGUGAAUUGCAUUCCAUUUAAAGCAUUUGAUUGCCCGUUAUUUCAAAAAGCUGUAGAUGGUAUUGCUUCAAUUGGGCCUGGGUUUAAAGCCCCUAGUGCUUAUGAUUUCAAAACCAAUUUGCUGAGUGAUUGGAGAAAAGAAUGUCAGCUACUAAUUGAUAGCCAUCGAGCUAAAUGGAAAAACAAUGGCUGCACACUCAUGGCUGAUGGAUGGACCGAUGUGAGGCAACGUACUUUGAUAAAUUUCUUAGUGUAUUCUACACACGGAAUGGUGUUUGUGAAGUCUGUUGAUGCUUCAGAUUUAGUCAAAGAUGCCAAAACUCUAUUUACUCUAUUCUGUGAAGUCAUUGAGUGGAUUGGUUUUAGGAAUAUUGUCCAUGUAGUAACUGACAAUGCAGCUAACUAUGUAGCAUGUGGCAGCAUGCCAAAUGUGUCAGACCUCGCAUCAAAGGCAUCCAAGGCUCUGGUUGUUGAUAAGCAUUUUGUGGACCAUAGAUUAUCAAAGACUGAGGCAGGGAAAAAUUUUAGUGCAAUCAUUUUAGAUAACCGGUUUUGGAAUGACUGUUAUCAAGUUGUGAAGAUUGUAUCUCCUCUCAUCAAAUUAUUGAGAAUUGUGGACUCAGAUGAGAAGCCUUCAUUGCCUUACGUUUAUGAGGGGAUGAGAAGGGCAAAAAUAGCAAUUAAGGAGAUGUUUAAGAAGAACAAGGAAUUGUAUAAGCCUUACACAAGAAUCAUUCAAACUCGAUGGGAUAGACAUCUGAAGACCAAUCUUCAUGCGGCGUCGUAUUUGUUGAAUCCUGCAAUUACAUGUGGUCCAGAUUGUCCUAGCAAGUCAAAGUUAAUGAUGGCUUUGAUUGAUGUGGUUGAGUCUUACUCAGAUGAAGAUAUUGAUGGCUUCCUAGUGAUGAAACAAGCGACUACUUAUCACGAAGGCAAGGAAUCUUUUAGCAGGCCUUCAUGUCAAAAAGCUGCUCAAAAACUAGACCCCUAUGAAUGGUGGACAUAUUAUGGUUGUUCAGUUCCAGAAUUGCAGCGUGUUGCAAUGCGCAUUCUUAGUCAAACUUCUGCUUCUUUUGGUUGUGAGAGGAAUUGGAGCUUAUUUGAAAGAAUUCAUACGAAAAGAAGAAACAGAUUGGGACAUAAAAGACUGAAUGAUUUGGUUUUCACCAAUUAUAAUUUGCGAUUGAAGCAUAGGAGUACAUUGAAGAAGAGCAAAAGUUAUGAUCCAAUUGACUAUGAAAACAUUGAUAUGGUGGAUUUUUGGGUGGCUGAAGAAGAUCCCACUCCGGAGUUUGAUGAUAGAGAUGUGGAUAUAUUGGAAAGCGUCCUUAACAAUGACGGCACUGCUGAUUCAACAACUCUUGAGAGUGCUAAUGAAGGUGAUGAAGAUAUGAACAUUGCUGACCCUCCACCUUUACAAGAUGAUGUUGUUGCUCCUGCUUUUCCUUGUCCAGCUGUUGACAUCUCAGCCCAUGCAAAUGAUCUUAGUGAUGAUUUUGAUUUUCCCUAG